AUGCUCAGCAUUCGCCGCGCCGUCGUCGCCCGCGCCCCCGCCACGUUCUCGGCGGUCACCAUGCCCACCCGCUCGUUCUCGGACAAGUGGACCGAGAAGGAGAUGGCCGAGGAGAAGCGCUUCUUCAACAAGGAAGACGAGAAGGCGCUCCGCCAGCUCCUCGCCAAGAUGAAGGGCCAGGUCGACGGCACGGACGCCGCCAAGGCCCACGAAGCCGCCGAGAAGAAGCACAUCGCCAAGAUCCUCGGCUCGGACGUCUCGGCCGACGCCGUCGAGAAGCUCCUCAAGUGGAAGCACGACCAGCACUAA